CCACUUUUUCUAAUAGUCAUGAUGUCACAAAGGAAAUCACCUGACCAAAAAAGGCCCCGUAGAAGCUUAUCUGCCAACAAAACUACUACGAAAAGCCAGUCUCACUCGAUUAUUUCGUAUUUUAACAGUGCGCCACCUACUAAGCUUGCAUGCUCAGUUUGUCAUAAAAUGGUGCCUAGGUACGACCUCAUCCGGCACCUUGAUGAGUCCUGUGCUAACAAUGAUGGCAUUGGUCACACUGAGCCUGUUCAGGCUGGGUUAAUGAGUCCAGCUGUACCCAUGCCAGAUGUACCCAGUAUUGCUUCAAAAGACGUAACACCUCAGAAAUUGUCACCACAAAAGAGAAGUUUAGUUCCCGUCCAGUGUGGUUCAAAACCGGGCGUACAACAACAGACCAGUCCCUACUUUAAAGAUGCAUCGGUGUGCAAAAAUCAAAGUGAGCUUCCAAGUCAGAGUGUGGAAAUUAUGUCUUUGGAAAGUCUGUCGUCUAAAUUGUCCAGAAAAUAUGUAAAAGCUAAAAAGUCACUGGCUAAGAAAGAGGGACUAGCCGGUCAUUGUCCACAGAGGUCUCCAUCCACACCUGGUGCCAGCCGGGUUGAAGACUGCUCAGAGGCGGAUGACAAAGAUGAGAGUCUGAACAGUUCCCAAAAGGAAAACAUUUUUUCACGCGCAUCUCUAAAGGAAGAGAAUGCUUCAGAACACAAGUUAAAGAGCAGUAAAAUAAUGGGAGAAGAGAGCCAAAAGGCUUCCUGUGGGGAGCCAGCCUUCACCCCUGCAUCCUCAGAUCAUGGUCCCAUAGUGUCUUCAUCAGGCUUGACUCUUCCUCAUAACGUAAAGUCGCCUUCCAGAGACAGUCUUGUAAAGCAAGAGGAUGCCAGAGGGGUAGGGGUGGGGCUUGCUGAACAGCUUGAGGCAGGCUGCCACGAAGAUGUACAAAUGACCGUUGAUGCUGCGCUUAAUAGGACGGUGUCGGAGAACGAGGUGCAAUCGAACAGCCCCACGGACACGUCCACAUGGGGCAACAACCAAGAGCUUCUUAGGGAAGCUGGCAGCGCCUCAAAGAGACAAAGGGAUGGCAGCCCUCUGAAGCCGGAGUCCAGUUGUGGUGUGCCCUGUGAGACAGCUCGACCCCCACCGAGUCACCCGUACUACCUGAGGAGCUUCCUGGUUGUGCUGCAGGCCGUCCUGGAGAACGAAGAGGACGCGAGGCUGUUCAGUGACCAGGAGAAGGAGAUUAUAACUAAGUUUUACCAGUUGUCAGCUAGUGGUCAGAAGUUGUAUGUAAGGCUCUUUCAACGUAAAUUAACCUGGAUUAAGCUGAGUAAAUUGGAGUACGAAGAGAUUGCCUCAGACCUAACCCCUGUGGUGGAAGAAUUAAAGGACUCUGGCUUUCUACAAACAGAAUCCGAGUUGCAAGAACUCUCCGAUGUGCUUGAACUCCUUUCUGCCCCGGAACUGAAAGCCCUGGCCAAAACCUUUCACUUGGUGAGUCCGGGUGGGCAGAAGCAGCAGCUGGUGGAUGCCUUUCUCAAGCUGGCCAGACAGCGCUCUGUCUGCACGUGGGGCAGGACACAGCCCGGAGUCAGAGCAGUGAUUUUAAAAAGAGCUAAAGACUUGGUGGGACGGUCACUGCGAGUCUGUAAAGGCCCUAGGGCUGUGUUUUCCCGAAUCCUGCUGCUGUUUUCAUUGACUGAUUCCAUGGAAGACGAAGAAGCUGCUUGUGGUGGGCAAGGCCAGCUUUCCACUGUGCUCCUGGUCAAUCUGGGCCGAAUGGAAUUUCCUCACUAUACCAUCAGUCGGAAGACCCAGAUCUUCAGGGACAGAGAGGACCUCAUCAGAUAUGCAGCGGCUGCCCACAUGCUGAGUGACAUCUCAGCUGCGAUGGCCAGUGGGAACUGGGAAGAAGCCAGAGAGCUUUCUCAGAGCGCGAAAAGAGACUGGGACCAACUGAAAAGCCACCCUUCCCUGAGGUACCACGAGGCCUUGCCACUCUUUCUGCGAUGCUUCACUGUUGGCUGGAUUUACACAAGGAUUUUCUCUCGGGCUGUAGAAAUCCUGGAGAGACUUCACAUGUAUGAGGAAGCCGUGGAGGAACUUGAAAACCUCUUGUCUCAGAAAAUCUAUUGUCCUGACAGCAGAGGCCGCUGGUGGGAUCGCCUGGCUCUUAACCUGCACCAGCACCUGAAGCGUCUGGAAGCGGCAAUUCGGUGCAUCAGCAAGGGCCUAGCAGAUCCAGAAGUGAGGACGGGACAUCGACUUUCACUUUACCAGCGGGCUGUGCGCCUGAGAGAGUCUCCAAGCUGCAAAAAAUACAAGCACCUCUUCAGCCAGCUGCCGGAAAUCACUGUGGGAGAUGUUAAGCACGUGACCAUCACAGGCAGGCUGUGCCCACAGCAUGGGAUGGGCAAGUCUGUGUUUGUCAUCGAGGCUGGAGACACCACCAAUCCCACCACAAUCUUGUGCUCUGUGGAGGAGCUGGCUCUGGACUAUUAUAGGCGGAGUGGCUUUGACCAGGGGAUUCAUGGGGAAGGAUCCACCUUCAGCACCCUGUGUGGCCUCCUGCUGUGGGAUGUCAUCUUCAUGGAUGGGAUACCAGAUGUCUUCAGAAAUGCCUACCAGGCGGCCCCGCUGGAUUUGUGCACGGACAGCUUCUUCUCAAGCAGGGAGCAGGCCCUGGAAGCCAGGCUUCAGCUGAUCUGCAGUGCCCCUGCUGAGAGCCUGCGGGCCUGGGUGACCGAGGCAUGGCAGGCCCAGCAAGGCCGAGUAGCUUCCCUGGUCAGCUGGGAUCGCUUCACUUCCCUUCAGCAAGCUCAGGAUCUUGUCUCCUGCCUCGGGGGUCCUGUCCUCAGUGGCGUGUGCAGGCGCCUGGCUGCUGACUUUCGGCACUGCCGAGGGGGCCUCCCUGACUUGGUGGUGUGGAAUUCUCAGAGCCACCACUGCAAGCUGGUGGAAGUUAAAGGCCCCAGUGACCGCCUGUCGUGUAAGCAGAUGAUCUGGCUGGAUGAACUGCAAAAGCUGGGGGCUGAAGUGGAAGUAUGCCACGUGGUUGCAGUGGGUGCAAAGAGCAAAGGCCUUGGCUGAGUGGUGUCACACUGGGGACAUGUGGCCAUCUGCUGUGACAAGAUCCU